AUGGGAGCCCAUUUGAGCGUCGAAGACAACAACGAGAUGUUCUUAUCCAAGGAACGUCAUGUUCUAGGCGGCCGAAAGCAGAAGAAACGAGCUGAGCAAGGGGCUUGCUUCUUUGGAGGGAGGAUACCUGGACUGAAGCCGCUCAAUAAGUCUCCCAUAUCGACCGACUCCUGCGCUACAACGAUGGCGUCCACUGCAAAGAGCAGAGAUCAUUACUGUCCCAGCGCUUCUAAGGAUGACCCAUGUGAUAUCUGUCGUGGAGAGUUUGAUUCCUCUAGAUCUGGCUUCACCGAACCGACUUCAUCCCGAAGGAGCUCUGAACGAUGUUCCAUUCGUCAUCUGGAUGGGUCCAGUCAUCGUGAUGAGAUGACGGGUUUCUUGCGCGAGGUAUUCCAAGGCUUUGAAGAGGAAGAAUCAUCUCCUCAAGGUGCUUCUUGUGGCCACAGACGCCAGAGAACGCAUGAAGUCAACGACCUGCUGCAUCAAAUAGAUCCGCAACUAUCUACGCAGCUGGUUACCCCCAUCUCGUCGGCAGAGGACUUGCAAGAGGAUGCAGUGUACCCGGAGCCUGCUGGAAGGCUACUUGGAUGCGACAGCCUGUCAGAUUCAGAAGACUCUACACCAUGCUCUUCUCCUGUCUCACUUAGCGGCAUCAAAGAGACGCAGCCAGUUGGUCACAGUGAGGAGGAUCACCAACCUCAGCCAGUCGUAGAGCAAAGCUGUACCCUCAAAGCGUCAGCGGCAUUGUCUGAUCCCGACUCGUCAAACAUCACUGGCACGGCCUCGCAAGAGCACUUGCAAAUGGAAAGGUGUCGGUAUCAAUACUGGGGUGAUCGGUUAGAACAGCAAGGGAGACUGCAAGAGGCUCUUCACUACUACGGACUUUGCUUUCAGCUAGAAGAAGCACUCGACACUUCUCUAGACGACUCAGCAGCUAUACAUCUCAAGAUUGGGAUCGUCUAUUGGAAGAUGAGUGCCUAUCAAGAAAGCCUAAACGCUUUGUACUUUGUCCUUUCAAUGUACGAAGACGCCUUGGGCCCCACGUGGCUAGAGCAGUCGCCCAACUUUCUGAAUGCCACCACUCUUGCGGUGUCAGAGACUUUUUUGCUCUUGGGGCGGGUGCAUUUGUCCCUUGGCGAGAGCGACGAAGCUAGGGAUCAUGUAAAACAAUGUCUCUCUGUUCUCUCUACCUCCCACCAUAUGGAAGACGACUUGAUCCAUCCUAUAUUUGCUCGUGCCUUGCACAGUCUUGGGAUGACGUAUGAAGCUUGCGGCCGCCAUUCCAAGGCUCUAAAGUACUACUACGAAGCCUUGAACAUGCAACGACAAGUGUAUGGGAAUUCGCAUGUAGAUGUUGCUGCCUCACUAGCAUCGAUUGGAUCUCUCCAAGAGAAGCUGGGGUCAUACGACAUGGCAAUGAAGUGUUUGGUGGAUGCGUUGGCUAUCUACGAGUCCCAGCCUACACUAGAGGGCUGUCAGGUAGAUAUCGGAUCAAUCCUGACCCUCAUCGGAUGGAUAUGUUUCUUGCAGGGCCACGAUGAAUCAGCCAUGGAAGCCUACCAAGAGUCAGUCGACAACUUCACAGCUGUGCUGGGCCCCAAUCAUCGCAACGUGGCAUCGGUUCGUGUUCAAAUUGGAAUGAUUCACAAUAAAUGCGGACGUUGCGAAGAAGCCCUUGCAACCUACAAAGCAGCCCUGACACUUCAACGUCGGGCGCUUGGUGACGUCCACGAGGAUGUAGCCAUUACCUUGGAUGCGAUGGCAACGAGCUAUGAUGGCCUGGGCAAGUACCGAAAGGCCAUUUCAACCCUAGAUGAGGCACUGCACAUUCGGCGCGGGGCGCUUGGAAAACGACACCUUGACGUCGGGAAAACCUUUGCCAACUUGGGAGAUCUCCAUCUGAAGAUACAAAAGGAGCAGCUUGCAAGGCAAUGCUAUUCGAACGCUUUUAAGAUCUUCCAGGCAAAUGAAGUGCCUUCUGACGACAUGAGACUCCAGGCCGUCUCUAGGUCACUUCAGACAUUGAGUCCCAGGCGCUAUGCAUGA